CAAAAACAAAAAAAGGAACACUUCUUUGUUACUGGAAUAGUGAUUGUAAGGUGUAACAUACACACCAAAACAAAGGUUAGAGUUUAAAAGUGAAGAGAAAGAAAAGAAGCUUGCCGUUGCCGGUGAUGCUUCCGGAACAGCCACACCAUCUCCGGUGACUGUUCUGUACAUUGGGAAUCAAAGACCCAGUUUCAUAUUCAAACCAUUCACUCAAUAAAAGGCCUGAUACAUAAUCAAUUAAUAUGCGGGAUGCGGAGAAUUUAAAUAAGAAAGGAUCUGGAAAAUCCAGUUACUCAAAGGAACAGAUUAAGUCCAAGCUAUUUUCAUCAAAAUUAAAAGCAAGUAGCACAAAACACCGAAGGAAGGAACACAAAGAGAAGUCAAGAUCUCAUAAACUCAGAGUUGGUACAAACACAUCAAAGAAAAGAGUUGCUGAUUCUUCUAUCAAGGCACCACUUGAGGACUCUUCAAAUAAAAAAGUGAUUAUUAGAAAAACUCUUCAUAAAACUGAUGGGAACUCUUCACGGAUGGUGUCUUCAACAAAGCUACAAGGAAGAAAAAAUCCUCAUAGUUCUAGAAAAGAGGGGAAUGGUGUUGAUGAAGAGGCAAAAAAUAAAAAACGUAAGAGGAACAAAAAGAAGAGCAGACAAAGGGACAGCAUGGAUCAUGAUGAUGCUUCACGCCUUCGAAGGAGAACGAGAUACCUCUUAAUAAAAAUGAAGCUGGAGCAAAACCUUAUUGAUGCUUACUCUGGAGAAGGUUGGAAAGGUCAAAGUCGGGAGAAGAUUAGGCCAGAAAAGGAGCUACUAAGAGCGAAAAAGCAGAUUUUAAAAUGUAAACUUAGUAUUCGUGAUGUUAUACGCCAGCUGGAUUCUCUUAGUUCUGUGGGUAGCAUUGAAGAUUCUGUCAUUGCUCCAGAUGGAUCUGUAUAUCAUGAACAUAUAUUUUGUGCCAAUUGCAAACUACAUGAAGCUUUCCCAGAUAAUGAUAUUAUACUAUGUGAUGGCACAUGCAAUCGUGCUUUUCACCAAAGAUGUCUGAAUCCACCUUUGGAUACUGAAAAUAUUCCUCCUGGAGACCAAGGCUGGUUUUGCCAGUUUUGUGAAUGUAAGAUAGAAAUUAUAGAGUCAACAAAUGCCCAUCUUGGGACUCAAUUUUCCUUGGAGAGUAGUUGGCAGGAUGUAUUCAAGGAAGAGGCUGAUAUGCCUGAUGGUCAUAUGGCACUUCUAAAUCCAGAAGAAGAAUGGCCAUCAGAUGAUCCUGAAGAUGAUGAUUACAAUCCAGAGAGGAAAGAAGACAGCCACAGCAUAAAUACAGAAGGUGCUGAUGAAAAUGCAUCCAAUGAUUCAACCAGUUCUUCGAGUUUGUGGUCUUUGAAUGAAGAAUGUCCUCCAGCAGAUGACGACCUUAGUCGUCAAUAUUAUUCUGUCAAUAGCUUCAUUGAUUCUGAUGAAUCCGGUGAAAUAGCAUGCGGCCGUAGGCAGCGUAAAGCUGUUGACUACAAGAAACUGUAUGAUGAAAUGUUUGGGAAGGAUGCUCCACCUUGUGAACAAGUGAGUGAAGAUGAAGACUGGGGUCCUGGCAAAAGAAAGCGAAGAGAAAAGGAGUCUGAUGCUGUUAAUACUCUAAUGACCCUGCAUGAAAGUGAAAAUAAACAUCCCAAUAAUGAGAGCAAUGAUAGAAUAAGAAAGGGCUCUUCAGGCAUACAAAUGAGAAGAUCUUGUUUCAGAAUUCCACUUGAUGCAGUUGAGAAACUUCGGCAAGUUUUUGCAGAGAAUGAGCUUCCUCCAAGAUCCGUGAAGGAGGGUCUUUCAAAAGAAUUGGGACUAGAUCCUGAAAAGGUUAGCAAAUGGUUCAAAAACGCCCGUUACUCGGCACUUAAAACCAGAAGGUAUCAAUCAGAAGGAGAACAGCUUCAGAGUUUCACAUCUCAGAUAUCAAAGCAUUCUACAUCUCCAAACAUGGAGAAAGAUGAGUUUCUGAGAUCAGAAGUCCCCAAAAUUACUCUGAUUCAUUCCCAGAAGGAUGAUCAAAGCAUCACAGGACAAGAGAAAAAUAAAUUAUGCAACAGUCUUUUGAAGAGAAGGAAGAAAAAACCAUCUCCACCUCUGUCAAGAGAAAACAGCAACAAGGAAUCCAUGGAGAUGAGUGAUGAUGUUAAUUUGAAGAAACUUUUGAAAGAAAAGAAAAAAAGGGUAAAUUUUGUAUAUGAAGGAGACUCUGAGAUAGCAGAGUUGGAGUUUGAAAGACUGAGCAAAGUGAAGAGUAAAGUAGAUAGCAUGAAGCAAAAACUAAAUGAAGUUCAAAAUUGCAGAGCAAAGGGAUCAACAAAUGAACCCUCUAUUAUAUAUGUUCCCACAGCCCAAUUAAGGGAAAAGGUUGAGUAAUAAUUAUAUUUUUUAUUAUAUUUUUUUUCACAUCAUCUCAUGAUGUAAGUUUGUUGUAAAUGAACAUGUAACAAUCUCUUAUAAGUUAAUAAUAUUAGGAAAUUCCAU